GGUCUGGAGACCUGGCAGCGGAGAGCAUUGUGCCAUUGACUGAUUUCUUUGCAGUUGAGCCUACGCAGUCCCUAGCUAUCGACCUGAUCUUCCGAGCCCACCACCUGAUACACCACGCCGCGCAAGAGAUCGACCCAUCAUGUCUGCAAACACACACCACGACGAGGCGAAGCUGGAGUCGGAGCAUUUCUCGCCGUAUCGUCCGGACGGAAAGCUGUAUGGCUUCGUGUGCGUCGUUACCGGCGCCACGCAGCCCAUUGGGACGGCUAUUACAAUGGAACUUGCAGCUCACGGUGCUGCCUGUAUCUACGCAUGCUCGGACAUGCCUAACAGCGACUACAAAGGACUGGCGGCGGCCGUUAACGAAACGCACCCCAACACGAAAGUGAUCGGGUAUCCGUACCACAUCGCGACGGAAGAAGACACGCUGCAGCUGAUCGACGACGUGCUGAACGCGUGGGGCCGGCUGGAUGUGUGGGUGACGUCGUCAGGACUACUGGGUCCGCCCUCGCUGGCCGCUACGACGCCGGCUGUGCUGCGCGACCUGUUCUCGCACAACGCGAUGGCGCCCUUUUUUGCGCUCAAGUACGCGCCGCCGGCCAUGGCAAAGACGACGCCCAAGGGCAACUACCCCAAUGCCGCACCCAAAGAUGUACCCUACGGCUCCAUAAUCGUUGUCAGCUCCGUGGCCAGCUCCUACGGCGGAUGCUGGGGCCCCGGCUUCACCAUGAGCUCCCAUGCCGCGUUGGGUGUGGUGCGCGCUGGUGUUGCCGCCCUCAAGGGAACUGGUGUCCGCAUCAACUGCAUCUCCCCCGGCCAGAUCGAUAUGGGAAUCGAUCUCAAGAGCUUCGACAUGCGCGGCAUGACCUCGCAGCUGCCGCCGCACGACCUGCAGGCCCCCGAGAUGCAGAAGUUGAACAUUGGGCUGGAGCGCGCGGGCAUGCCGCAGGAGAUUGGGCGCGCCGCCGGGUUCCUGGCUAGUGGCUUUAGCAGCUACAUCACCGGCGCAAACCUGGUUGUCGAUGGCGGUGCGACGACUAUGAACCCCCUGACGGUGCCCGUUUGAGUGGGUUUCUAGCUGCACUGUCUCCAGUCUAUGGCCCCACGAGGUCUCGUCCCC